ACUAUGUAAAGUAAUGACAACUUUUGGUUUAUUGAGACUAGGAAUGAUGGAACUACUGUCUAUAUAAGUAAUCAUACAUGUUACUGUUUAACCCAUUCAUGUCCAACAACUAAAUUUGGUCUGACAAGGAAAAAUGACACAGAAUAUGGUUAAAGUGAUAACUUAUAUUUUGUAAUUUAUUUACACUUUUGUUUACAAUUUAGAUUUUUCCAUUGUUUUGUAAAAAAAUAGUAGUCCCAUAUGACGAAAAGACUGAAUUUAAUAUGAUAAAUAAAGUGAUUAAAACUCUUUUUUUAGUCACAUGGCUUCAUCAAUUUGAUUGUCUUUUUCAGAUUUGUGCACAUACAACCUUAAAGAGCAUGUGGAGUGUAAAAUUUCAGAUAUGGACAUCAGUGGGUUGAGCUUGCCUUUCACAUUAAUUGGUUAAUUGUUUUGGCUCUGGUGGUGCGUUUGGAAGUGUGACUUUGAUAGUCCAAUGUGUUUUAUUGAAAAGUCUGCAUUGUAAGCUUAAAUAUGUUAUUCAAACUGUGUGUUUGUAAGUUAUGUUUUGGUUCUGAAACAUUUUAUUGAUUCUAGUAAUACAUCAGUUUCACUUCUUGUGUUCUUCUUUUUAAGCAGGCAGCACAGGCACUAUAAAUGGUAAGCGAUUCAAAUAAUAGCAAGAAACUCUUUCAGAACCACAAAACGUAUCGCACAGUGCUUCAGUGUGCUUCUGUCUGUAGACACACUUCUGGGCACUCCAUUCAUUCAUAUCAUGGUUCGUAUCAUGGAAAACCUAAUUUCCUAAUUUUUUAAUAACAAAGUUUGAUGUAGAACAUAAACAUUGCCAAAGUAUCAAACAUACUACUUCCUCAUCUGUUCAUGAAAACCAAGAAAAAAACUGCCUAUUUCAAAUUUACUUUGUCACGAGCCUACAGCAGUUUAGCCCCGCCCAUUCACAGAGGUUUUAAGGAGUGUUUCAGCCUGGACUGCUUUUUUAAUGAAGCACAAUACAGGAGUGCCAAUCAGAAAGGAGCUCAUUUACAUAUAUCUGACUUAAAAGCACAGAAACAAAACCAGUCAAAGGGAUUAUGUAAUAAUCAGUUAUGACUGUUUUUGAUACAUAAAACCACACAUAUAUCUUAAGUGAACCUCAGGGGAAGAAAUAAAAUACAAAGAAAUAUAUCUGAUAUAUAUUUAUAUGCCCAUUAAGGAACUGGUAAUAUGUUGUAUAUCUAUAUGUGCUUAAUUUAUUAAUAUCUUUGAUAUAAGAUGAAUGAAUGCAGUGAGAAAUUAAUAUAUAGCCAAACUACAGUUUGAGAAUCAGAAGCGUUUUAUUAUGUUCUCAUUCUCUAACAUAUUUUGUCAAUAAUACUGUGUAUUUAUUUAUGCUGCUGCCUUUUACUAGACUAAUUUAUGAAGUUAGAUUACAGGCCAACACUUAAUCUGCUGAUGCAACACUGAAAUGUGUCCUAUAAUCAUGGAGUGAUAAUAGAUUAUAUCUUGUCACACCAGUAGCUUAAACCUCAUUACGAAGAGGGCAAUAUUUUAAAAAGUGAAGCCCUGUGUCUCGAGCCUGAGCUACACCCAUUUAGACGCUCUUGUGCUCAGCCUGUGGGGGUGGGAGUGGUAGACAGGUCUGUACAGUAACUUAGUCAUCAUGAAUGUCAUUUGCUCAGCCUGCUCCUGAAAUGAAAAUAUGUACAUGUACAGUAUAUUUUUGUACAUUGAAUGUAUGUUUGUUUCUUUUGUUACGGCCCUCAAUGACACAUUGGUUUAAUUCAGAAGUUAAUAAAAUCUGGAUUCGGAUGUUUUUCUGAACCAUGGCUACAGAGUUUGUUGUUGUGUUGCUUUGGUAACGUUCUUUGGGCUCCACUUGGUAGGUCAGGAGGAAAUGUGCAAACAAGGUUGACAGAUUUAUAUAAAUGAAAUUAUUGCAGUUGCAGCGGUAGGUGGAUGUUUUCUGUGACUUAUUUGCAUGGAGAAGAGCUUAGCCUUCACAGCUUGACAUUGAUUGUUGAUGUUGGCAACUUCAGCUACAGAUAAAGGCAUGAAGAAGGAUAAGGUUAGGUACACAUACCUAUUUGACAGGGCCCCUAGGUCAUCCCCAUCUGAGGGUGCUAUAAUGGUGGAAAAUGACACCCAGGACUCAACACAGGAGAGUGUGUAUGACCGGGCAGCAAGAGUCAUCCAGAGGAUGUGGAGGAAGCAUGUUAACAUUGCUGUUUUCAAAUACUUCAAGAGCCUGGUGAACUUCCGUAGUCAAGGUGACCCACGACUCCUCCUCAAAUACAUCAACCCCAGAGAGGCUGAUAUGCUGGAUGCUGCUUCAGGUGUCUAUAUACGAUUCAGGCUGGGUGGAACAAACUUUCCUCCAACCAUCUACUACAAGAUCUUCACCCACCGUCCGAUUGUGGAUCUGUGCGCCAGCAGCCCAAAGGACUACACACAUAGUGGACAGAAGAGGCCUGUUCCCAGGCAGAUCCAUAAUGGCCAGCCUUUAGUCCACGAUGACCACUCUGGCUGGUACCGUCGGGUGGAGAACAAUGGCUGGAGGCUGCUGUCCGGCAAGAUUUCCCUCCUUGGAGACCCAUUGAUUCAAAACACCAAUAAUAAAAGGAUUGAAUUCCACCACUGCAAAAUCCGUAGACAGCAAGAUGUCGAGAGAAAAAAGAAGAUCCGGAAAAUUGAGUGGAUGAAAAAAAUGUAUGAUGAGGGAGCCCUGCAUGCUCGCACUGAGCGUAAAGAAACAGCCCAGCUGGUGGAGAACUCCACACAGGGCAUGAUGAGGGUAGUCCAGCAGCAAGGCCCCGACACCAUUCUGGAUUGGGAGAUAGAUGAGCUGAUUGAAUGGACCAACGCACUCAACUUUGAUGAGUACUUAAACGAAUGGAAGGAUGUGGGGAUCAGUAAUUCCUCAGCUUUCAAAAAAGAUAAACAGGUUGUUCUCUCUGAACAUGAUCCCUGUGAGUUUUCUCAGCUCACACAGGACAGCAGUCAGGUGGUCACCAACAGCAGUGUCCUCCCUGCUCAUGUGUCCAGUCUGAUUAAAUCGGAGUACUCCAGAUCUAACAUCUCAGAUUGGAUCAUAUGAUACACUUCAUGGACUGACAGUGCUGAUGCUGCUCAAUUACCCAAAAAGACACAGCAGUUCUGCAUACUUAUAAAUGGAUACAUCAUUUGGGUGAUUGUUUACUGGGUGAUUUGAUAUGGAGACUAAAUACAGGCUGUAGUACCUGUGCACACAAGUUUGUUUUUAUAUCCUUUGUUCAUUUAUAUCAAAACCAUAAUCAAAUGGUUAUGAUAUAAACAAAGCCAUUAAGAGUGGUUUGUAAAAUGAUGCAUUGUAGAGACAUUUACUGACUCAGAAUUGUUCACAGCAGUGGUGAUAGUGGUUCACACGAAGCUACCUACCAGAAAGCUAUGACAUGAAAAGUUACAGAUGUGCUGCUUGAUGCCUGAGACAGUUUUUAGUUUUGAGGUUUUUAGACUUUUGGCCUAAAAUGUGGUUUUUGAAAAACAGGCAGGGCAGAGAGGUAUGUGACAGCAUUAUACAGUAGUCUGUGAAAGCCAAAAUAGUCCCCAAAGAAAACAUUUUCUUUGGAUUUACCACUAUUUUACCUUUAUAAACAUUACACAGAACACAUGUAGGUUCA